UGAGGAGAGAAACAGAAACUGUUUUUACGGCGCUUGGAAAAAAAUAAAAAGCCAAAAAAUUCUCCAUUUUUUAUCGGAGCUGUACCAUUUUUUAUCAAACCUGUCGCAGACUGAGCGGGGACAGGCAGGGGAAAAACAUAAUAAAACUGUACAAUAAAGCGCCAUGGCUAGGAAGAAGAGCAAGCAGGCGGGAGCGGGGCAGAAGGAGGACCCGCAGCAGCAGCAACAGCAGCAGCGGAGCGCCGCGGAGAAGAAGGCCGAUGGAGCUGCAGCCGGAGGCGGAGACGCGGGACUAGACCGCCCGGCGAGGACCAGCCAGUCCAUGCACACCUGCUGUUUGCUGUGCCAUCGGGAGUUUAAGGACUGGGGAGCAGGCUUGGCCAAUGGGCUCCCCAGCCAUGGGUCCAAACUGGCGGAAGCCGUCCCGGCUCUCUCCCAGGCCCUGUUAAGGGAGGUCCCGGGUCGCAAGCUAGCGGAUGCUGUGCCCUCGCUAUCGCAGUCUCUGCUGGGAGAAGUCCCCCUCUGGAUAUGCCAGAGUUGCCGGAAGAGCGUGGAGGAAGAAGAGAGGAGGACGGCGCAGGAGCAGAGUGCACCGGUGCCGUUGUCCCACUCUUCCUCGUGUAAGUCGCAGAGUUGUGGGAAUGGUUACCCAGAGCAGAGCUCCGUAGACUGGGACCCCAGCUCCUUCCUCUCGGCCCGAAAACUAUCGGGCCUCUGGAACUCGGCUCACUCGAACACAGGAGCUCACUGCACCCAUGGUGCUGGUACUCACUCUCAGCAAGCAGGCGGGACGGCGGGACCAACCUGUCAUGAGAAAAGAUCCUCUCACGAGGCAUCUGGGACCAAAGUGUGUCCCUACAGUCACCCAGCUUCCCCCAAUCUCAGUGCCACGUCCCCUGCUACUCCACUGUCUACCUCCGCCGAGCUUUGCAAGACCACCCCCAAGCACUUCAAAACCAUGUGCAGGCGACCAACUCCUCCAGGUGAGGCGUUCCACCCGAGCGAGCACCACCAGUCUGCAGACCUAUCAGUGCCGCCCAACAGCCCUACGGGCCUCUCUUCCCAGAACUCCACUCUGCUGCCUGCCACCAAGCCCACCUCUAGUCAGCAUGUCCACGUCAACACGUCUGCACACGCUCCAUUCUCCCCACUGGCACCAAACCUGGCUGCUGGCGCCAAGCACUCGGGUGGGCCAGACAGCCCGGCCACCCUGCAUAAGUCCAGCACCUGCAAAAAUGCUCACAUUCCGCCCGCCGGUGCCCAGCACGGGAAGGUGGGCGCCUCGCUGAUGGGCUGCAGCCACCCCUGCAACGGGCACAACAACAAUGGCAGCGGUGGCACUGUAGCAUCAUCCAAUGCAGCUCAUCUAACGUCCACUGCUUGCAGGGACCAAGCGUGUAAAGGGCACAAGCUGGUGAAUGGUUCAUCGUGUCAGCAAGCAGUGUGCGAGCCAGAGGAAGGGGAGGACGAAGACAGCAGCUCAGAGCGCAGCUCCUGUGCCUCCUCAUCCACCAAUCAGCGUGACGGAAAAUAUUGUGACUGCUGCUACUGCGAAUUCUUCGGCCAUAAUGCGCCACCCGCAGCCCCCACCAGUCGGAACUAUGCAGAGAUCCGAGAGAAGCUUCGGUCCCGGCUGACUCGCCGUAAAGAGGAGUUGCCUCAGAGGCAGGACAUGGAUCCAACCACACCCAGCGCAAUCGACCACCGCGACGUGGACGAGCUGCUGGACUUUAUCAAUAGCACCGAACCCAAGCCAGUCAACAGCGCCAAGGCAGCCAAGCGUGCACGGCACAAACAGAAGAAGAAGGAGAGGGAACGUGCCCUCCAGGGUACAGUGGAGACAUCCUGCACUGAGCAGCGAUCCUCUCCUCCCCCAGAGCCAGUAGAGGAAGAGUCCGCCCCGGAUGGUGAAGCAGGUCGUCUGCUGGAAUGGCCUCAGCUGGAGCUGGAGCGCGUGAACAGCUUUCUAACCUCCCGCCUAGAAGAGAUCAAGAACACCAUCAAAGACUCCAUAAGGGCCUCCUUUAGCAUGUACGAUCUUAACCUGGAUGUCAACGACUUCCCUAAGAAAGCUGCCACGCUGGAGGGCAACCACCUGCUGUCUCACCUCAAUGGCUCGUCCGACCUGCAGCAGAUUGACCUGGACUUAGCACCACUCUCGCUGAAGAACUUCAAGAGGGAGCUGGAUACGCUACACAGUUGUAUGGACAGCGCCAAUAGCAGCAUCAACAGCAACACCACCUCUUUCAAUGCGGCCACGGCCAAAGACGUCCAGCGGCUGCACACCACCCCCAGCCUCUCCAAGCUCAUCCGGGUCCGCUCCCCGGAAAGAGGCUCCCCACCCGGCUCUGAGGACACCACGGCCAGCACAGCCCCCGUGCCCAAACCCAAAGACGAGGCCCCAGACGCCAAGAACGCCACAGGGGCCGGAGCCAAGACGAAGAAGGGCAAAAAACAGCAGCAGAGGCUGCAGCAACAAGACCAGGUCUCACAGGACCAGCUUGCUGUCUCCAAGUCUGCCAAAGCAACACCUGGAAACCAAGAGAAAACCCAAGAGGGCAGAGCAGCUGAGGCAGAGAAGGGCCCCAGAGGAGGAUCCAAAGCGAGCCAGCAGAGUCAGCAGCAUGGGGAGACUCCAAAAACGGGGAAUAAAAAGACAGAGGAAGGCAAGUCCUCCAAGCACACUUCCAAUGGAGCUGCGAACGGGAACCAUCAUUCAGGUUCUAACUCGCACAAAGGAAAGAAUGACACAGACAUGAGAGGAAACAGAUCGGAGCAUGAGGCAGAUGCUAAAACCAACUCCAACACUCCAGCAAACUCGAACUCCCAGCAGCAACAGUCAAAGGGAAAGAAUAAGAAGAGCAAGAGCAAGACGGACAAGUCCAGUAGUGCAAUUGAUGACGUGUUCCUUCCCAAAGACCUGGAUCCGACGGAAAUGGAUGAGAUCGAUCGUGAGGUCGAAUACUUCAAGAGGUUUUGCCUCGAUUCAGCUAAACAAACUCGACAGAAGGUGGCUGUGAACUGGUCCAACUUCAGCCUGAAAAAGAUGCCCUCAAACGCAGCUCAGUAACACAUGAACGAUGGUUAUAAGAAGCCCCCAACUUCCUGACAAGACUGCUCAACACACGUGUGACUCACUGUAUUGAACACCUGAUCGGCCUAUGGCCACUUUACUCAACACUUGAUUGGCUGGACGUCACCCUGCUGUCUAUGCCCUCUUUAUCACUAAAGCCACGGGACCUCUGUCUACAUAAUCAUCCAUCAGAACGUUUUUCUUUUUUUUUUUCUUUUUUUUUUCCAGUCGUACCUGUUGGUAGAGCAGGGUCACACGCAGGCCUGCCUUCAGCCCCAUCUGUCUCUGUUGCGUUGGAGUAAUGCACCAAAAUGUGAUUUGGUUACCGCUCCUGCAUUUCUUUACUUCAUUUGUAGUAUGUAAACAGUUAUUUUACAAUAAAAUGUUUUAAAUCAGAAUGACAGUACGCUUCGACCUAUCAUCCCGUUGUUUUUUUGUUUGUUUGUUUGUUUGUUUUUUUCCCUUAAAUAGUUACGUUUCCAAAAGGUACUUUUUACCGGCUCAUGGGCAUUUUCAGAGGAUACAGUUCACUCUUCAAAAAUACAAACAAAAUGUUUUUUUUUUUUUUUUAUCAAAGUAAACAAUGCUGAAUCACAGUUUUUAUUACAGUGACUGAAAAAAAAACAAUAAUAUUGCUCUAUUUAAAUUGUGCGGUCUUUUAGCUGUCGAGAAACAGAGUGAACUGGUCUGAGCUCGUAUUUAUUGAACUUCUCAGAGGUUUUAUGUUUUACAUAACGAGCAUAACGAAUACAGAUACAUGGACAGGACCUGAUCCUCAAUCAGUGGCUACUCCUGAGGCACGUGAUAAAUAUGGGCCUUGCUCUGUUUUAAUUAUUUCACAUGAGAAGGUUGCAGUACAUGCAAACUAAGGAAUUCCAUGCUUUUUACGUGAGUUAACUUGGACAUUUGCCAAAACAAAACAAAAAAGAGAACACUAAUGUAUACUCUGAUUUAUAAAACAUGUAUCUCAUAUCUGUAACACUUAUUACAUCCUCUGAGAGGGGACAGAUUGACAAGAUUUCCCUUGCAUGAUGCUCAAAACUGACAAAAGUCCACUCCCUUUCUCUUUCUGUACCAGAUAAAGGUCAGUACUGACAGUUAGAAGAGUUCCCUGACUUCAGCUAAAGUCUUGUCUUUGUGCUCUUAAGAAUCCUUAGUAGUCUUAUGGAUAUAGUUCUGUAAUGUGACCAUGUUGGCGGCUCUGUUGCUCCAUAGCAGGCGGUUUUCCAGCAGGGUGGUCCGGCGCUGCGACGCAUUCGUUUCAGCUGCAUGCUGGUGUCCAGCCACUCUCCGUAGUGCUGCUUGUGUAGUUUGGAUAGACUGACACGCUCUAAAUUCAGACGGGAUUCUCUCCUUUCUCCGUUCUCUCCUUUCCCGGUGUUUGUAUGUGACUUUUGGUAUCGAGGACGUUUUUAUUUUUUCUCUCUGUUCAUGUGUGAGGAGUUCAAAGCUUCGCUGCGAUGGUACAACACUCGACCUUAACCCUGACAUUUGCUCUGCACGUUUGUGUCCGCACAUUUAUACAUGUAUUCUUGAAGCUGAUCCCUUUCUGAUUAAGAAUCAGAAAUAUAAAAUUUGACGUUAUGUUGGGAAUUGGGACCUGGGAUUAUGAUAACUGAUGUACCAUUUUUAUUUUUUUGCCCUCCCGUUUUUUGCUUUGAAGGAUUGAGAUGAAAAACAAAGAUGGGUUUUUAAAAUCUGUUCAAGCUAUUGUUUUCAUAUUCUACAUCUCUGAUGCUAUCCAGGUUAUAUUAAACUAGGAGACAUUAUCUUAAACGUUUGGAAUGUAGAUUUAUACUAUACCAUUAUUGGCCAAGUGUAUGUUGGCUUUCUGUUUUGUUUUUUUUUGUUUUGUUUUUUUUUUUAAUUAUUAUUAUUCACUUUUGAUACUGUGAAAAUCUUUCGUUCAGAAAGAUUAAAACAUUACAGUUUUGACAAAAAG